CCCACUGGUUCCAACUAACUGCUCUGCCCUCACACAGGAGAAUAGGAGCUCAGGGGAGAGCAGGUUUUCUCUCUGUAGGAAGAUCUGUUUAAAGAGAAGAAGCAGAAGAAGAAGAAGAAGAGAGGGGAGAGCCCUGUCCCCCCCCCUGGCCUGGAGAUGCACUAGGUUAUCCAGAGGACAAAUGAGUUGUCAUCAUAAACCAUUUUUCUCUGAUAUGGAUUCAUGCCGCAUCUCCUGGCGCUUACUGAGCUGAGAGGAUUGUUAGGAAGAGAAGACACUGCUGGAGUUCACACUGCAGUGGCCUGAGGGCAGGUAAACUGACCGGCAGACAAACAAACGAGUGCAGGAUGGAGAAAGCAGCAGAGGAUGGAGAGAAAAUGACCAGCCAGCAGGCUCUGUGUGACCCUGACCAGAAGAACAGAAAAAGGGGCCUUUCGACUCUCAAAUUGUUUAUUGUGGCGCUGUCCUUCGCCUGCUUCUCCAAGGCUCUAACAGGAACCUACAUGAAAAGCUCUAUCACUCAGAUUGAGAGACGUUUCGAUCUCUCCAGCAUGCACAUUGGACUCAUAGAUGGCAGUUUUGAGAUGGGCAACUUGUUGUUUCUUGCUGUGGUCAGCCAUUUUGGGGCCAAGCUACAUCGACCCAGACUCAUUGCUGUGGGCUGUUUCCUCAUGGCUGUUGGGGCCUUUCUUACCGGCCUCACACACUUCUUCAUGGGACGCUACAAGUACAGCACAGUCAUUCAGGUUCUGCAGAAUGACAGUGUGAACUAUGCCGCCUGUGUGGAUCCACUGAAAACAGAAGUACCUGAAAUUCAGAUAGAGCCUUCUGUUGAAGACAACAAAGCCUGUGUGAGAGAGUCUGGUUCCAACAUGUGGAUCUAUGUGUUCCUGGGGAACGCUCUGCGAGGGAUCGGAGAAACCCCCGUCACACCUCUGGGCAUCUCUUACAUCGACGACUUUGCUAAAGCAGAAAACUCGCCCUUUUACAUAGCUUGCCUCCAGACCAUUACUCUUCUGGGCCCAAUGUUUGGUUUCCUUCUGGGUUCCUAUUGUGCCAAACUGUAUGUUGACAUUGGAUAUGUUGAUAUUGAAAGUGUGACCAUCACUCCUAAAGAUGCCCGCUGGGUGGGCGCCUGGUGGAUGGGCUUCAUGGUGUCCUCUGUCCUCCUCCUCAUGUCCAGCAUUCCCUUCUGGUUCCUGCCCCGCUCCCUGCCACAGCAGGAAGGAGACAAUGGCAAGCUAAGUCCUGCCUGUGAGACCCUGGAUGGGACAGAGGACGCCCUCAACAACCAUCACAACCUCAAGUUGACUGACAUAGCCAAAGGGUUUCUUCCCUCACUAAAGCGCCUGUUGGGAACUCCUGCCUACUUCCUGCUCCUUUGUGGGAGCAUCCUGAAGUUCAACUCUUUCAUCGGCCUGUUCACCUUCAAAGCCAAAUACAUGGAACAACAGUUUGGGCAGUCUGCAUCCAGGGCCAACUUCCUCAUAGGUGUGUUGAACUUGCCAGCGGUGGCAAUUGGGAUCUUCCUGGGAGGGCUGGUCAUGAAGAGGUACAAACUGAGUUUGGUGUCAGGAGCUCAGCUCUCUUUUGCCACGUCCUUCUUGGCAUACCUCCUCCUGCUGCUGCAGUUUGGCACCAAGUGUGAAAAUGUUCCCAUGGCUGGGCUCACCAUCUCAUACAACGGAACUCCUAUUAUAUCAUCUGAGAGGGAUGUGCUCUUCUCAGAGUGUAACAGAGACUGCUCAUGUUCAACAGAGGAGUGGGACCCCGUGUGCUCAGACAGCGGCAUCACCUACGUCUCUCCAUGUAUGGCUGGCUGCCUCAGCUCCAGUGGAUCCGGCAAGAACACAGUCUUCCACAACUGCAGCUGUGUGUCUGCCUCCUACCCAGCGGGCAGCAGUACGUCCGUGAGGCUGGGCCAGUGUCCUCAUGCCAAGGACUGCACCCGCAGCUUCACCUCCUACAUGGCUGUAUCUGUUCUCAGCUCCUUCAUCAACUCUCUGGGAGCCACACCUGGCUACAUGGUCAUCAUACGAUGCAUCUCACCAGAGCUUAAAUCCCUUGCACUUGGUAUCCAGACCUUGGUAACCAGGACUCUUGGUGGACUUCCUGCACCAGUGUAUUUCGGAGCCUUCAUUGAUUCAACUUGCCUGAAGUGGUCAAUCAAAAAGUGUGGGGGCAGAGGGGCAUGUCGAAUGUAUGACUCUGAUAUGUACAGGAUCAUCUUCCUGGGUCUGAUCACUUGCCUCAGUGGUUCCUCGUAUUUCUUCAUGAUUGCCGUCAUCGUCCUCCUCAGACGACAGUUUCGUAAACCAGAGCGAGAAACCGAGACGCGUAAUAAAAAAGGUUCAAAGGAAAUUGAACUUCAAGCCCCAUCGAAUCCCACUGGGAACCAACCUGGCGCUGCCAAAACUACCAAGCCACGCCAGGCUCCCAAAGUUUGGGUUCGGACCGCAAAAGACCUGAAGGAAGGGCAGGUUUACAGAACUGAGCAGCUCCACCAAGAUGGCAGCUCCAAAAACAACAACCAGAAGACGCAACAGCUCAAAUCCCUGACAGUGACCACUGUUGAGUUUACUCCUCUUCCAAGUGAGGAGGCAAAGAUAGAGAUAGUUGGGCUGAAGUCUGAGGAGGAGGUGAAAGAGGAGAAAGACAAAGAGACAAAUGCACAGGUAGAAAAGGAGGACCAUCUUACAGAUGACAAGAAGUUAGAGAAAGAAACAACACCCUGCGAAGAAAUUGAUGGCCCACAAAACUAAAGUGUUCAUCAAUGUGCUUUCAAACAAGGCCAACUGGGACCAUUCUAGAAAUGUUCGUGUUAGCUCGGCCAAAAGCCACAUGUCCAUGGAAUAUGAAGAGGGAAGAGCAUGCUCCAUGCAAACAAUACUUCUUUUCCCUCUUUUCCACUAUUUUCACAGUGUAUAGCUGUUAUAUUACAAUUAGUUCUAAAGAUUAAUGAACCUACAGUGAUCCCAUUUUUUAACAGUUGUAGAAAGAUAGUAUCGGACUUGGUAUAAAAAUGGAAUUGCAACAAUUCAAAAUAUAGACUCAUGAUUCCACAGCAGCCCUGCAAGGCCCAGACUGAAAACAUUACAGAGCAAACUUGAAAUUACUAUUUCUUUCAUGUCAAUAAAUUAAUUAAUUGAA